GAGAGAGAGAGGAAGGGAGGGAGGGAGGAGGGAGGAGGGAGGGGAAGGGUUUAUAGACUGGCAGCACUAAUACCAAUAACAGAGAAGUUGGAGGUCAGAGACACGGACACAUCCAGACCCUGUCUCCGUGACACACAGUUUUCCUCAUGGCAAACGCCUCCACCCUCCCCCUGCCAGCCCAUGGCCCCGCCCCCAACCCCGCCCCCUCCCUCCCCCUCUCACACCAGGUGGGUAUUGGGAUCUUGAGCGUGGCCUUUGUGCUGGGUUUCCCAGGUAACCUGUUUGUAGUGUGGACAGUGCUGUGCCGCAUGACGCGACGCUCUGUCACCUGUGUGCUGGUGCUGAACCUGGCGGCAGCAGACGCGCUGGUGCUGCUCAGCGCCCCCAUCUUCAUCCGCUUCCUGGGGGGCGGGCGCGGGUGGGAGUUUGGGUCGGGGAUGUGCAAGGCGGUGCACUACCUGUGCUGCGUGAACAUGUACGCCUCCAUCUACCUGAUCUCCCUGAUGAGCGCCGACCGCUGGCUGGCCGUCACACGGCCCUUCCUCUCCCAGCGUCUCCGAACCAAACGAGCGCUCUGGACCCUACUGCUCGGCCUCUGGACCCUUGCCUUCCUCCUUGCCCUGCCCAUGCCUUUCUACCGCAGUAACGUGCAGCCCUAUCUCAAGAAGAACGUGUCGCUGUACAUCUGUAUGCCCUAUCACUGGGACAGCAUCAACCACCAGGCCUUUCAGUACCUGAUGGAGACGGUACUGGGCUUCCUCCUGCCCUUCUUCAUAAUCAUCCUCUGCUACUCCUCCAUCAUCUACCGCCUGCGCAGCGCGAUGUUCCAGCGCAAGGGCCGAGGAAACCGACUCAUCCUCAUCAUCCUCAGUGCCUUCAUCUUCUUUUGGCUGCCCUACCACAUCAUCAAUGUCCUACAGGUGGUGGGGCUGCUGCAGGGUCUGCCCUCGGCGCGGGUAGCUGCUGAGACAGCUCGUCCCAACGUGACAGCAUUUGCGUUUUUCAGCAGCAGUGUGAACCCGGUGCUGUAUGUGUUCGCGGGCAGCUCCCACAUCCGCCAGGCUGGGCUGGGCUUCAUGGCUCGGCUGUUUGAGGGAACCAACUCUGAGUCGGGCUCCUUCUCCCGAGCUGGCAGCCGAUCCAGCUCCACCACAGAGUCCUCCUUUCUGCAGAAGCUGUCGGUGCGGCUCGGUCGUCAGUCCACCCGCGAGGGGGAUGGGGCGGGGCCUGUGUCCGAGCUGGGGGCGGGGCCUGUGUCUGAGUUGGGGGCGGGGCCUGGAGCAGAGCUGGGGUCAGGGCCUGGAUGGCAGAACACCUUUGCGGCUCUUCUUCCAUGAGGCAGUUUCUGUCAUUUGACACUUUGAUGUGACAGAAAGUUUGAAUGACCACAUUCUCUUCUGAUGGUAAAAAAAAAAAAAAAAACCGGGCCAAGUUAGUUUAGGAAACAUUGAAUAGCUUUAGUUUAGAAUAGAGCUUUAAAAUUUGUGUGAAAUAAGAAAUAACGCAAUAUUGUUUGUUGUAACUUGGCCUCAAUUUGAUAUCAAUGCUUUUAACUGCAGGCCCAGAUUUAGCUAUUUUUAAUUAAUGACUUAUUGGCAGUGCAUUGUAUGCAUGAGUAACUUGGCAUAUUUGUAUGUUGAAAAUGUUCUUCUUGAGAUUAGUAUGUAUCCUGUUAAUAAAUAUAAUUUUAAUAGUCUGUGCAUUAGAGGAGUACUGAGGAGCCUGUGCAUUGAAGGAUUAAAUAUUUGAAUGUGAGAUUUUUAAAUGAGCAGUAUUGUCCUUUGCAUUAAAACCUUCGAAGAUUGAGCACACAGUAUUGAAAUUGGUAGUAAAGAGACAUUUAAAAUGGUA